AUGAGCAAUAACCAUCCAGAGGAGCAGAGCUCGGGACAAUGGGCGAAUGCUCAAACUCCGAGGUCGAAUGAAGAAUGGUCGCAAGCGUCUACGCGGCAUGAUCGGCAGUUCUCGGGAGCCACUCACGUACAAGCUCAGUCUCAUGACGCUGAUGAAGAGCCCAUGAAGUUGAAUAGAUGGUCGACCAGACCUGGAGAUCAUGUCGAACACAUUGGUAAGAAUGGAGACGCGGGCGGUGCACCGCUGGACACCAACACGACGACGUCUUCAUCUCAGGGUCUCCAAUAUGCCAGGACGCGCCUCGGUCUCCAUCCACAUGCGCCUAUCGCAGAGGAGCACGACAUGACCGAGUAUUCCAAGCUCUAUUGGAGCAAAGUCAGACUGGCGUUGAGAGAGCCUUUUGCAGAGUUCUUCGGUGUCAUGUUGUUAGUCUUGUUCGGCGAUGGUGCAGUGGCUCAAGUGGUUUUGAGCACAGGAGACACUUCUGCCCCAGGCGGUAACGGAUAUGGUAAUUAUCAAUCCGUCAAUUGGGGUUGGGCAAUUGGUGUGAUGCUGGGAGUGUAUGUUGCCGGAGACUCUGGUGCAUAUCUCAACCCAGCGGUCACCUUUACCAACUGCCUUCUUCGCAAGCUUCCAUGGCGAAGAUUUCCAGUGUACUUUCUGGCGCAAUUUCUUGGCGGGCUCGUGGCUGCGGCUAUCAUAUAUGCAAACUACGUCAAUGCCAUCAAUGCAGUGGAAGGCCAGGGGAUUCGAACAGUACCUCCAAACCCGACAGCCACGGCAGGAAUCUUUUGCACCUACCCAAAGGCAUACAUGACCAAAGUCAGCAUGUUUUUUUCAGAGUUCAUCGCCAGCGCCAUCUUGAUGUUCACUAUAUUCGCACUCAAGGACGACACGAACAAUGGAGUGUCAGCAGGCGGUGGCAACUGGUUCCCUCUUGGACUCUUCUUCUUGAUCUUCGGCAUCGGUGCAUGCUUUGGUGUUGAGACAGGUUACGCCAUCAACCUUGCUCGCGACUUCGGACCUCGCCUUAUGAGCUAUGCUCUUGGUUAUGGGCACGAAGUCUGGAGUGCCGGAGGAUAUUACUUCUGGAUACCUAUGGUGGCACCGUUCUGUGGAUGUGUGUUUGGGGGCGUGUUGUAUGACUUGUGCAUUUAUACCGGACCUAGUCCGAUUAAUACAAAGUGGCUAGGACUGAGGGAUGUGAUGCAUCCCCGAAGUGCGGUCAACCAGAGGAUUCAACUGCAAAAGAAGGAAGGGCUUGUUUAG